UUCACACUUCAAUGGAAACCAACAAAACCCAUCUCUUCUUUUCAAUCCUUUCACUCUGCUUUGUUUCUCUCCAUGCUCACAAUCUCCAGACCUACAUAAUCCAACUCCACCCCAAUGGAAUAAUCGGCUCCUCCUUCACUUCUAAACUUCAAUGGCACCUUUCAUUUCUUGAGAAAACCAUUUCCUCCGAAGAAGACCCUUCCUCGCGCCUUCUGUAUUCUUACCGUUCUGCAAUGGAAGGUUUUGCAGCUUGUCUCUCUCAAACCGAGCUCGAGUACUUGCAGAAGCUACCCGAAGUUGUAGCAAUCAGGCCGGACCGGCAGCUCCAUAUUCACACUACCUACUCUUACAAGUUCUUGGGACUAAGCCCCGCUAGAGAAGGUGCUUGGUAUAAGUCGGGCUUUGGCCGAGGAGUGAUAAUUGGGGUGCUUGACACCGGAGUUUGGCCGGAGAGCCCAAGCUUCAAUGACCGUGGGAUGCCACAGGUUCCGAAGAAAUGGAGAGGGAUUUGCCAAGAAGGGCAAGACUUCAAUUCUUCAAAUUGUAACCGGAAACUCAUUGGCGCCAGGUUUUUCACUAAAGGCCAUAGUGUGGCCUCAAUGUCAUCGUCCUCUGAUGAUGUAGAGGAGUACGUGUCGCCGCGGGAUUCCCACGGGCAUGGGACCCACACAUCGUCAACGGCUGGUGGAGCUCCGGUUCCAAUGGCAAGUGUGCUUGGAAAAGGAGCCGGUGUGGCUCGAGGGAUGGCCCCUAGUGCCCACAUUGCCAUGUACAAAGUCUGCUGGGUCAAUGGCUGUUACAGCUCUGAUAUCGUAGCUGCAAUGGAUGUGGCAAUCAGAGAUGGAGUUGACAUACUCUCCCUCUCAAUAGGGGGCUUCCCGUUACCGCUAUAUGAGGACAGUAUCGCCAUUGGCAGUUUUCGAGCAAUGGAGCACGGGAUAGCAGUCAUAUGUGCAGCAGGAAAUAAUGGUCCGAUGCAGAAUUCAGUUGCCAAUGAGUCUCCUUGGAUUGCUACCAUUGGCGCCAGUACGCUUGACAGGAGAUUUCCAGCAAUAGUUCGGCUGGGCAACGGAAAAAUCCUAUACGGUGAAUCAAUGUACCCGGGGCACCGAAAACUGAGAGCUCGGAAAGAGCUCGAUGUGAUUUAUGUAACUGGCGGUAACAGGGGAAGUGAAUUUUGCUUGAAUGGGUCUCUUCCGAGAGCAAAAGUUCAUGGCAAAAUGGUGGUUUGUGACCGCGGCGUCAAUGGAAGGGCAGAGAAAGGCCAAGUUGUGAAGGAAGCCGGCGGUGCUGCAAUGAUUUUAGCAAAUACAGCGAUAAAUCUGGAGGAAGAUUCUGUUGAUGCACAUGUCCUGCCAGCAACAUUAAUUGGCUUCGAUGAAUCAAUUCAGUUGAAGAAGUAUAUAAACUCUACCAGGAGAGCAAGGGCGCGAAUUGAAUUCGGAGGAACUGUGAUUGGGAGAUCCAGAGCACCAGCAGUAGCUCAGUUCUCGUCAAGGGGGCCAAGUUUCAUCAACCCGUCGAUUAUCAAACCAGACAUCAUUGCUCCAGGGGUCAAUAUCAUUGCCGCCUGGCCUCAAAAUCUAGGUCCCUCCGGCCUUCCGGAAGAUUCUAGAAGAGGGAAUUUCAGUGUCAUGUCAGGAACUUCCAUGGCUUGUCCCCAUGCCAGUGGCAUUGCUGCUCUAAUACAGUCAGCUCACCCGAAAUGGACCCCAGCUGCUAUUAAAUCUGCAAUCAUGACAACAGCAGAUGUAACUGACCAUUCAGGAAAGCCAAUCAUGGAUGGAGACAAACCUGCCGGAGUUUUUGCGAUCGGAGCCGGACAUGUAAAUCCAGCACGAGCCAUUAAUCCAGGAUUGAUUUACGACACGAGGCCAGAUGAAUACAUCACUCAUCUGUGCACUCUCGGAUACACAAGGUCAGAAAUCUUCACAAUUACACACAGGAACGCGAGCUGCCAUGAGAUUUUGCAGAUGAACAGGGGUUUCAGCCUCAAUUACCCCUCAAUUUCGGUCAUUUUUAGGCGCGGGAUGAUCAGAAAGGUGAUUGAAAGGAGGCUAACAAAUGUGGGGAGCCCUAAUUCCAUUUACUCAGUGGAAGUGAUGGCACCUGAGGGAGUUGAAGUAAGGGUUAAACCGCGGCGACUAAUAUUUAAACAUUUAAAUCAGAAUUUGAGUUACAGAAUUUGGUUUAUAUCAAGAGGAACAGAGAAUGGGAGCUUUGCACAAGGGCAUUUGACAUGGGUACACUCGCGCAAUAGUAUGUAUAGGGUUAGAAGCCCUUUGGCAGUGACAUGGGCAUCUAAGAAGUAAGAGUAUAGUAAUGGAAGUUGUAGUGAUACUAGUAGCAGUUUCAGCUAUAAUUUCCUUUUUGUAUUGAAUUAAAGGAAUAAUGUUCACGAAGAUUUGAGGAAA